AUGGAAGGAAUCGUUACCCUCCUCAUAGGCGUCUCUGCCUUUUUCCUGAUCACUGAUUCGCCAGCCAAAGCCAAAUUUCUCACCCCCGAGCAAAGAUCCUGGGCUACCCACCGCGUACAGACCCGUGGCGCUGUCGAAUGGGACGGCAAGGAGGCGGGAGAAAUCGAGAGUGACACCUUCAAGUGGAAAUACGUCCUCGCCGCUUUCACAGACUGGCAAAUCUGGCUCGGCGUUGUCAUCGAUUGGGCCUCCAGCUGCACCAUCUACGGCAUGUCUGCCUUCCUGCCCUCCAUCGUCGCCAAUCUAGGAUACACUGGGAACCAGGCCAAUCUGCUCACCAUCCCCGUGUACGCUACCGCAUGCAUUCUCACGGUCGUCUUAUCGUGGUACUCGGAUCGCUUGAAGAAGCGGAGUGCCUUCGUGAUAUUUCUGCUUUGUGCGGAGCUCGUUGGCUAUCUCCUUACGAUCGUCGGGUCCAGCCAGCUCAUCAACGGUCUCUCGUACGCCGGCGUCUUCAUUGCGACCGCUGCUUGCUAUCCGACAUUUGUGCUUAUCAUUACCUGGGUGCUGUCCAACAUCGCGCCCACGUACAAAAGAGCCUCUGGUACAGCGGUUCUGGUCGGCUUGGGUAAUCUCAGCGGUGCCAUGGCGCCGAAUUUCUACCGGCCGCAAGACGCCCCUGGAUAUCUGCUCGGACACGGUUUGGAAAUCAUGAUGGUCAGUCUAGGCUUGAUAUGUGCCAUCGUCCUACGCUUUCUCUAUAAGCGCAAGAACAAGCAGAGGGCGGCGCUGGUGACGAAUGGGAUCGAUCUCUCCCAUGACGAGAUCGCGGACAUGGGCGAUAAGGCGCCAACGUACCAGUACGUGCUGUGA